UUAUUACCUUUCUCCCCGACAGAGAUGCAAGGAGAAGCUCAACACGCUGGCCAUUAGUGUGAUGAACCAGUGGCCGGGCGUCAAAGUGAGGGUGACCGAGGGAUGGGACGAACAGGGUCACCACGCCCCUCACAGUCUCCACUACGAAGGUCGUGCCCUCGACAUCACCACGUCGGAUAAGGAUCGAUCAAAAUAUGGAAUGUUAGCCAGACUUGCGGUGGAAGCUGGAUUCGACUGGGUGUAUUACGAGUCUAGAUCUCACAUCCACUGCUCUGUAAAAUCAGGUGAGUUGAAGUGUUCUGGUUAUGUCUUGUUGAGUGAAUUAGUUAGCGGCUGGACAAUCAGUAGGCCUAAAAGGUUGGCGUAG